UCCCGAUCUGAUUCCUGAUCCCUGAUUCCUUGAUCCUCGGUCCCGCCAUGGGAGCCUGAGCGCCCCUAUUCCCCCCCGGCCCCCUGCCCCCGGGGCCUUGAGGGGGAAGAGGCAGCGGUCUGGGACGGAGCAGGGGGUGACCAGACUCAAGAGCCCCCCUUAACACCCCCCAUCGCCCGCGCUGCCCGUCCGGGAGCACGGAGUUCGGAGCGACCCGGAGCGCUGCGGAUACAAAGGCGCCGGGCCGAGCCGGGCGCCCGCGGAGCCCACCCGGCAGUUCGCAGCGGCGGGAGCGUCGCUUGAUUUUCUCUGAGACAAGCCCACCUGUCCAGCAAAAUAGAGUCCCUCAGGGUGACGGUUGAUUUCCUGAGGGUGCCCCUUGGCCUGAAGAAGCCGGUGCUGAAGGAGGUGGCUGUGGGGCCCCCCAAGAGGCCCCAGCCUGCGGCCCUGGAGCGCUACAAGGCGCGGCGUUCAGACGCCAUGGACACCGAGUCCCAGUACUCGGGCUAUUCCUACAAGUCGGGCCACUCCCGCAGCUCCCGCAAACACAGGGACCGCCGGGACCGACACCGCUCCAAGAGCCGAGAUGGGAGCCGUGGGGACAAGUCGGUGACAAUCCAGGCUCCAGGAGAGCCCCUGCUGGACAAUGAGUCCACGCGGGGGGCAGAACAGGAUGACAACUGGGGGGAAACGACGACAGUAGUAACCGGCACCUCAGAGCACAGCAUCUCCCACGAUGACCUCACGCGUAUCGCCAAGGACAUGGAGGACAGCGUCCCGCUGGACUGCUCCCGCCACCUGGGCGUGGCGGCGGGGGCCACUCUGGCGCUGCUGUCUUUCCUCACGCCACUGGCCUUCCUGCUGCUGCCCCCCCUGCUGUGGCGGGAGGAGCUGGAGCCGUGCGGGACGGCCUGCGAGGGGCUCUUCAUCUCCGUGGCCUUCAAGCUGCUCAUCCUGCUGCUGGGCAGCUGGGCCCUGUUCUUCCGCCGGCCCAAGGCCUCGCUGCCGCGCGUCUUCGUGCUGCGCGCCCUGCUCAUGGUGCUGGUCUUCCUGCUCGUCGUCUCCUACUGGCUCUUCUACGGCGUGCGCAUCCUGGACGCGCGCGAGCGCAGCUACCAGGGCGUGGUGCAGUUCGCAGUGUCGCUGGUGGACGCCCUCCUCUUCGUGCACUACCUGGCCGUCGUCCUGCUGGAGCUGCGCCAGCUCCAGCCUCAGUUCACGCUCAAGGUCGUGCGCUCCACCGACGGGGCCAGCCGCUUCUACAACGUGGGCCAUCUCAGCAUCCAGCGCGUGGCAGUGUGGAUCCUGGAGAAGUAUUACCAUGACUUCCCUGUCUACAACCCUGCCCUCCUCAACCUGCCCAAGUCCGUCUUGGCCAAGAAAGUGUCUGGCUUCAAGGUGUAUUCCCUCGGAGAGGAAAACAGCACCAAUAACUCCACGGGCCAGUCUCGGGCUGUGAUUGCAGCAGCAGCCCGGAGGCGGGACAAUAGCCACAACGAGUACUACUAUGAGGAGGCUGAGCAUGAGCGGAGGGUGCGGAAGAGGAGGGCCAGACUUGUGGUGGCAGUGGAGGAGGCCUUCACGCACAUUAAGCGGCUGCAGGAAGAGGAGCAGAAGAAUCCCAGAGAGGUGAUGGACCCCCGGGAGGCAGCUCAGGCCAUAUUCGCAUCCAUGGCCCGUGCCAUGCAGAAGUACCUUCGGACCACCAAGCAGCAGCCUUACCACACCAUGGAGAGCAUCUUGCAGCACCUGGAGUUCUGCAUCACACACGACAUGACGCCCAAGGCCUUCCUGGAGCGCUACCUGGCGGCCGGACCCACCAUCCAGUACCACAAGGAACGCUGGCUGGCCAAACAGUGGACACUGGUGAGCGAGGAACCGGUGACCAACGGGCUCAAGGAUGGCAUCGUUUUCCUCUUAAAACGCCAGGACUUCAGCCUGGUGGUCAGCACCAAGAAGGUCCCAUUCUUCAAACUCUCCGAGGAAUUUGUGGAUCCCAAGUCGCACAAGUUUGUCAUGAGGCUGCAGUCUGAGACCUCAGUGUGACUGUGCAACAGCAGGGGGAAUGGGAGACCCUGGGGGGCUCCUGAGGGGGUGGGAGGGGCACGGUUCUCAGGCCCAGCCACGCCCCUACCACCCUUCUUCCUCUUGCUCUUGUUUUUUUUUUUACUUGAAUUUAACUUACCCCUCCCCCAACCCCCACCCCACCCGUCUCCUCCCCUCUUCCUCAUUUUACCCCGUGUGAAUCUGGAGAGACCAUCCUGCUGUCAGCAGUACCUGGGACCACCCCCCACCCUGCCAACUUUUGUGUAACCCCGGGCCCUGCAGGUGUCGGUGCCCUUCUCCCUUUCCUUUCCCUCCCCUUUCCUGGAUGGCAGUCUCUUCCGAAAGGGCACAGGGCCCUGCUGCUUAUACCUCUCCUCUUGAGCCCCCACUCCCAAACCCAAGUUCUUGUAGCGGGUCUCUUCAGUAGCCCCGACAGGGUUUCUCUGGUGGCAUGGAUGUGACACCAGAGAACACAGUGCCAAACCCCUCCAGGGCAGCAGCUGCCCCCUCCUGCCUCUCCUCCCACGUAACAAACCCUGAGUCCCGGGGCAAGGAUACUCCUGCCACACAGCUGAGUUAGGAAUCUCCCUGCCGGGGUUGUUUGCUUCCGGCUGGUGGAGCCUAUCUCCUCCAGCCACACAUAUUUAGAGCAAAGGAAGAUCUCAUCCUUUUCCCAGAAGUCUCCAGCUUCCCUUUAGGAGUUGCAUGGUCACCUGACCACAGGGAAACAGGUGGAAAGACUCCAUGACCACCUUUCCUGGGCCUUAGGGAAGGUACCUUUCUUCCAAUGUGUCUUUCCGAGGCAGCCCCUGAGUGAAAGGGCAGAAUAGAUCCCUGAGGUUUUGGAGAGACCCAUCACUGACCCCUGCCCUCUGACCUCCCCUCACCUUUGUUCCUGCCCUCCCUAGUGAAGGAUGGCGUGCAGACUCCUAUACAGACUUAGCGGCUUAGAGACCCCCACCCAGCCCCCAUAAUCUUAGACCAGUGUUUUUUUUUUCCUUCACCAGCCACCCCCUGUCCUGCUGUCUUCUCUUGACUCCAGAGACUGUUGCCUCAUCUCUUGGGGACGAGCCAGCAGCUCCUCCUCAUCCCCUGCCUUAAGUCCAGUUCUUUGCCUCAGGGGUCUAUUUUCUUGGCCUUCCAGGGUCCCUACCCCUUCUCUCCCUGCCUGAUUCUCCGGGCUCUGGGCUCCCUCUGUAUUGGGGUGAGGGACCAGGAUUACUGCCUUUUGUGGGUACUUAGGCUCUCACCCUAUUUUAGCUUCCAUAAUCUUUGCACCAAAUCCAAAAUCUCAAUAAUUUUGAUCUCAUUUUGAGCAAAAUUUGCUGGCCCUCUAACACAUUUCAGUGUGAAUCUGAGCCUUUAAAUUAGACACUUUUAAAUUGUGUGCUUUUUGCCAAGGAGGAUAGAAAUAGGAAGUACCCAUAAUGCUCCAGCCAGGAUCCUCCUGGAGGACCUUUCCGCUGGCUGGGAUGGAGCAUGCCCCUGGGCCAGGCCUCUAAAUAACUCAGUGUCCUCUAUAGGCCCUUGUUUCCCCUGGAAAACUCAUCAGUACUUGCCUUGCGGAGGGAUCCCAUGAUCUCUCCCCUGGGAGGCGUCCUCUCUGUGGUCUAGUGGCAGCCCCGAGGGUGAUGGAGCCUAGUGAUGGGCAUCUCCUGCUGUCCUUUCAGAAAAGGCACACCUGUUCCCCUCCCCCACCACUUGCUAGAGAGGGGCUCAUCAGCCAGUGCUUACCUUGUCCCCCUGGGGGGCGAGCUGGGGGCGUUGGGAUGUGCUUGUGUGAAAUACGUCCUGUCUUGGGGGUCUGGGAAGGUAUCUUUUCUUCUCUUCAAAAACCUGGUUUCAGAGGAGUCCCUUCUGGGUCACAUAAAUACCUCACUAUCCUGGAAAACAGGGCCUGGAUGGUGACCGGAACAUCGCCUUAGCGGGCAGGAUGGAGUGUGGCGGGGCUUGGGGAGCAGGUUGGGGAUGGGGAGAGGGAAAGUAUUGGGGAUCUCAGUUGCUGCCCUAGAUUAGGGGCGU